AUGGCGCGGCCUAUACUGGCAGCUGGAUGGGAGAGCAUCGAGAAGGGUAUGGCGUCCAGGUUCCAGCGCUCCAUGAAUCCCUCAAAUGGUGCUCGUGACAUCCACCAGGUGUGGCCAGACGGGGCUCGUUAUGAAGGGCAAUGGAAGGCCGAUAAGGCGCAUGGCUGGGGUCGGUUCGUUCAUGCAGAUGGCGACGUCUACGAGGGGGAGUGGUUUGGAGACACCGCCCACGGGCAAGGGACCUACAGCCAUGCGGAUGGGUCCAAGUACGAGGGCCAGUGGGAGUACGACCGCCAGCAUGGUCACGGCGUGGAGCACUGGGUGGACGGUGCCCGCUAUGAGGGAACGUACCAAGCGGGUAAAAAACAUGGAAAAGGAUAUUUCACCUGGGCCGAUGGCUCCUCCUACGAUGGCGAGUUCUUGAACAACGACAUCCACGGCUCGGGUAUUUACUCCUGGGGUGACGGUCGCAAGUACGAGGGACAGUGGGAAGGCAACCGGAUGCAUGGCCAUGGCAAGUUCGGCUGGCCGGAUGGGCGGCACUACGAGGGAGAGUACGUUCACGACAUCAAGCAUGGCUACGGCAUCUUCAAAUGGCCAGAUGGCCGAGAGUACGAUGGCCAGUGGCGGAAUGGCAAGCAGCAUGGUAUCGGCUGGUCUUCAGCGCCAAAGCAGGAGAAGCGCAACGGCGAAUGGAUGGAUGGAAAGCGGAUAAGGUGGGCUUUUUCUGCGACAUCUCAGCGAAAUCUGCGCGACAUCUGCAAGAAUCGUGUCCGCACUCAGAUGGAUCGGCGAAUCCGAGCCGUAGCAGCGCUGGAAGCCGAGCGCCUGUCUCUUGAAUUGAUGUGGCAAUUGGAGACGCGUUUUGCUUUCGCUUGGGGCCUUUGUGCAUUUUCUGGGAGGUUAUGA